AUGGACAAGAGGAAGAGAGAUUCAAACGAUUCCCCAUCAUCUCUUACCCCACAAGACCAUCGGGCAAAGCGCCUAAACACCCAAGGCUCAUCCUACGGCUUCGCCUCCAUCAGUCAACAAUAUGAGCCGCGCCUUAUUCUUCGCAAAGGGCCGUAUGUUAGCUAUCAACCAUUGAUCACGCACGAACAGUGGAAAGGCAUAAUUGGAAACGACAUACCACCUGACCGCCAAACUGCGGCGUACCAGACUUCUGACUGGAAACCAUAUAUCGAUAACAUGGCAAAAAACAUCAGAGAAGGACACUUCAGCAUCUACGAUGGACAUCUUCAGCUGUUUAUAGUCUGUUCCCAAGUCUAUGGAUGUUCUCCCGUCUCGAUCUUCUCGCCUCGUAACGGUCUUGCUUCCGAUGUUCCAUUCUCGUACCAGAAUGAGUCUCCUUGGUGGUCAACCUCAGCCCGGAUGCUUGCAAAAAUUUUGACACAUUCUGUCUUCCGGGGCAACUUGGACCACUUUAUUACUGUCAUCCAAUAUGCUAUCAUCCUCCGAACAGAUGACCGAAGACGCUGGGUGAUAUCCAAGAGGUCCUCGGGUGAUGGAAUGUUAGAAGCGUUGCGAUCAACUAAGCAGCAGAAAAUCGCUGAGUACGUACAAAGUUCGAUAUCUAUCCCUUCGCCGUCUUCCGAGGAAGAACACCACCAAUCUCGGGACACUCAAGGUUGGUCGCGAGAGCUUUUCAGUGACUUAAGAAGAACAGUCUCUCAUUGA